CGUCCGAGUUAAAAAGCAAGGGAGAGCCCUGCCUCUGGCGGUGAAAACAAGCCUUCAGACAGAGAAAAAGUUGAGCGAAGAGCCGGCUGCUCCGCUGUGAGGGAGUGUUAGGCUAUGGGCCGAGGGAUUAAUAAACUCGGAGAGAAUUUGCGCCACAUGUUUCCAAUAAAUUAGGAGCUCCGGAGACUUUUGCGCACGCAGGUGAGGAGUUGGAUGCGCGCCUUUGAAUGAUACUGAGGAUACAUGUUGAACUACGUCUGCGCAAUCUGACGACUUGAAGGCCAUUUUGGACUGUAUUCAUGACGUUUAUCAAUACAGCCAUUUGGAUAAAUAGCAGAGAUUUGUAAUACCCAUAUAGUGGGAAGUUAGUCGCCCCAGAUGGACAGCGGUAAUUGCUCCGGCUCGGUGGUGGAUGUGGAUGACAGCCCGGCUUCCAGUCCCAGCUCCAGUCCCAGUCCGGACGGCCGUGGUCGCGGUGAGCUCCACCGGUCCAGGACGCUCCAGACCGGCGCGCUCGGCGGCAGAGGACGCCCGGCGGCGGCCAACGCGGCGCGGGAGCGGAGCCGGGUCCAGACCCUGAGGAACGCGUUCUUGGAGCUCCAGAGGACUUUGCCGUCAGUGCCGCCGGAUACCAAGCUGUCCAAACUCGACGUGUUGAUACUAGCCACCACCUAUAUUGCCCAUUUGACUCGAACACUGCAGGAGGAAGGCGCAGAUGAAGGAGAGAGCACAAAACAAACAGAGGCGUUACACUCACUGAAAGGUGAAGGAUACCUGCACCCUGUGAAGAAAUGGCCAAUGCGAUCCAGAUUGUACGUCGGAGCAACUGGACAGUUCCUGAAAAAUCCUUCAGAUUCAGAGAAUCAAGGCCCAUCCUCCUCCUCUCAGUAGGCCUAAUUGUUGAAACCGAUGUUGAAAUUCGCAAGAGCUCCAAAAAAAAAAAAAAAAAAAAAAAAAUCAGACUGUCCUUCCACUGCA